GUUGGGAACGAAUUUUCUCACUUGAACGACACGAGGAGGUGACCCUCGUCUUGGCGAUUUGGCCUCUGGCGCCUUAUCUCCUUGUCAUGGCUGGUUUGCCAGAAAGUGAUUCUUUGGCUUUCUUCUCACUCUUUGGUUGUCCUCAUUUCGAGCCCUACGUAUACUCACUUGAAAGCGAACUGGUGGCUGCAUUCAGUUUAGAGCAAAGAUGCGUUUGGACAACAAUUACAACAUUUCAAGAAACGCCUUUUGGAGGGAAAACGUGGUCAAUCGGUCGGGGCGAGCGAAGAUGUAUGUGGGUAGGAGAAAUUUCUUAAAUCGGAUGCGUAUGAAGAUCCGUGUUUGGUUGCAUCCGGGUGGGAACUAUAUGAAUGGUUCUUCGGAUAUCACUGUUUCUGUUUCUGUGGUUAGUAUAUGCACUCCAAGCUUACAGGAGAAAAAUCCAGCAGACUUGACUUGGUAUCCCAGUUUCGUGGGCAAGGUAAGCGGUAACGAAAAAUCGGUCAUCCCAGAAAUGCCAUGUGCGCUUGUUCAUACGUUAGCCGAAAAAUGUGCAAUACAUUAAUAUUGAAAAGUUUUGAAACUCGUGGACAAUGGAGGUUGCUUUCCCAUGCAGUUGCUUACUCUCAUAUUUUUAUAACAGAAUAUGCAGUGUAUUUAAACUGUUGGGCUUCGUUGUGGAACAUAAUGAUGUAAUCUAUGCAGGCUGAGCUUUCUAGGUAAGAUCAUUCUCCACUUCCACGUUGUCAUUGCUUCGGCUCCGUACUCGCUUGUGACUCCGUCGGGCUGCAAUGAACACGCAUGCACCACUCGACUGAGAAAGGAGAUGUGGCUCUCUUCUAACUCGUCUUCAAUUGUUAUGUCGUAUUUGCAUGGAUUACAACGUGUUUUAGAAUUUGCAAGUGUGAUGAAGAUUGUUGUGAUUGGAUUCCUGUUUGUUCGGGAAUUAUGCAGACUACAAUAGUGAAUUAUCACGACGGUAACCAGUUGUCACUAGUUUUACGCUUUGUGUUGAGUUUCUCUUGACUUUUCACUUGCCGGCUCUGCUCCAAAUUGCCUUGGUAUGGUUUCCCGUCUUGUGCUUUUAUUCCAUGCGCCCCCUGUUUCUUUUUUUAUGUCCUCAAGUAAGAAUAGACGUCCAGUAGCAAGAGACCUAGCAAAUAACCUUGAUGAAUUUCGCCAUCACGUGACGACCCAUCGAGUUCAGAGCAGACCUUGCACCUUUAGCACGAAAACUCAUGGUCAGAAAUGAUUUUGAGAUUCAAAGAAUCGUAAAAAAUUAUGUUUCGGGCUACGCAAUUUCACACGUGCUAUCAAUAUAAGUUCUCGUGCCCGUGUCAAUUGACUCGACCCGUCGCCAACAGCCUCUCAUUGUGUACCCACUGCAAGAACCUUCGAUUGGCAACUGGACUUUGGUAUCAGGAUCCAACUUCAUCUUAUGUCACUGAAUGUGGCCAGGCGAGUUCCGUGUCAACACUUUUGUGUUACAAUAGCCAAGCAAUUUCCACGUUUUUUUUCUCGCCUGAAAGUUCUUCGUGUAAAGUAUGCUCAUGACAAUUUGUGGAAAACAACUGGAUCAUAUCCUGAAGAGGUGUAGGUCCAGCAUUUGGCUGCUCAUUGCAGUGUUCAAGGCACACAGAGGCCUCAGAAUACGAGCAUUGAAGAAAGGUUGCGGAUGCAAUUAGCUUUGACCCUCCUUUACGACAAAGAUAUCCAGUUCAUGGUGUGAGUACGUUGCCUAUGCUUACAGUGUACAAGAUGGCUCGAGCGAUUUCAUGGUGCUGAUCUAGAUCCCACGCUCAGUCUUAUCGGUGAUCUCAUGCUUGUCUGCGUUGUCCGUAUCCAUCACCAAUCUUAAAGAUGUUAUUUCAAGUUGGCUUUUUUUAUUCUAAGUUCUCAUCAUUCAUAAGUAACAUCCUUUCUAUGUUACUUGCUAUUGACUGAACGAAGGGACACGGUCCCUUCAAGUUGCGAACAUAGUCUUGAAGAGUUCAACCAUGUGCUCGCAACUUUAAAACUAGAGAAACCACAUUUGUUGAGACAGAAGAUUCAAAGCAUUAAGUUCUUG